AAUAGAAAACUUUUAAACCACACACGAUUUACAUAACCCUGUUCGGCGAAAACAAUAUAACUUGUGGAAAUCAGGACAUUAAAUAUAUUAUUAUAAUGUAAUAUACUCAUACUGCCUGCAGCAGUUUAUGAAUUCACCCACUGUGCGUAAUUUAAAAAUAACUUAAAUCGAUUUUUCGCAUUUUUUGCAUUUGCGAAUUCGGUCUGAAAAAGUUCACAGUGCAUGUAAUAUCAGUAUGAAUAAGGUGUAAGUUUGGUUUACGUCCCUAGAAAUUGCCAAGUAUCAACUAUCUGGACUAGAAAUCAUUCUCUCCCAUUCUGUUAAAAGGAUUAAAAACUGCACAGCAAGGUGUAAAAAUGAUUCCUGCAUUGAAAGGUAUUAGACACUUUGCCACAACAACUACUUUAACGCAAGCAGUGUCUGAGUUCCGAAUGACUGUCCCAUGGGGUGAGGUGAGAGGUCAGGCUUGGGGUCCUGAUCAAGGUCGGCCAGUGCUGUGCUUGCAUGGUUGGGCUGACAACAGUGGAUCUUUUAAUAGACUGAUUCCACUGCUUCCUAAUGCUCUUCAAUGGAAGCGGUUCUCCAUAAUUGGACAUAGUAUGGGGGGCAAUGUGGCAGGAAUGUUUAGUGCAUUGUACCCAGAGAUGGUUGAAUCUGUAGUUCUCUUGGAUUCUUAUGGAUUCCUCCCAACAAACAUGAGUCGCAUGGUUCAAUUAAUAAAAAAAGGAAUGGAUCAACAUGUCAUGUAUGACAAUGAAGCAGAUGAUAAGAAAGAAAAGGUGUACACAUAUGAGAAAGCCAAAGAAAGGCUUAUGUCAGCUAACCGCUUCCUUUCUGAUAAGUCUGCAGACAUUCUGUUAGAGCGAGCGGUUCGAGAGGUUGAGGGAGGGUUGGUGUUUACGAGAGACUUCAGAAUCAUCAUGAGAAACAUUGUGAUGAUUACGCUGGAGCAGAGCCUUUUUAUGCUGUCUCUAAUUCAAGCAAGAGUGAUGCUACUGAUGGCAGAUCAGGGGCUGGAUAAUGUGUUUCCUGUACCUGAUGGAUUUGCCGAUGACCUUCGGAAGGGCUGGAUGGACCAAAAAGGCACUAUUGUUUGUGUAGAGGGGGACCAUCAUGUUCAUCUCAACAAACCAGACAGUGUGGCCCCCAUUAUCACUGAUUUUCUUCAGUCGCACCGUCCUGACAGCACAGAGAUGACUCUGACAGCAAUCAGUCUGCCAAAUUUUAACACACUUUUAUCCUAUUAAAUCUUAAAUUCUAUAAGUUUGUUAUCUGUGAUAUCUUCAAAACACUGUAACUCUAAUUAUUUUGAUAUUGCAAUUUUACAUUUUGCAGAUAUGAAAAACAGACAUUUUGUAGAUCCACCUUUUUUCAACAAUGACAGAUUUAGCCCAAGCCUCAGUUUCAAAAACUGACCCCACGUCUCACACCUCAGUGUGUAAAAAGUGCUGUCACUGUGUGCUUUAAGCCUGACUUGGUGAUUUCUUAAUUAAAAAAGUGACUAAUCAAAGUAUCAUGCUGCUGCUGUCUAUAAAUACUGUGCUUUACUCAACUUCAAAAAAUGCAUCCACAGUACCUUGUCCUCUGUAAUUCUGUCCUGUUACUCUGAGUUACUUCAUUCAACUUGUUGAUAGUGUGACUAUCAGCAUAUGUGCAUUUGUGUUUGCAUCAUUUCUGGCCUGUAAUGUGACUGUGCUUGCUUUUGUGAAUGUGCAGAUUUUUGUGAAAAUGUCUGUGUGUUUGAUUUCCCUUGGCUUAGUAGAAACCUGCAUGUCUCAAGCUCGACUUGUGCUGUUAUGUAGGUCAGUGCUGCUAAAUUCUACAUGAGAGACUGACAGUGGCCAUGAAACCCUGAAGUCCAGCAGCUUAAUAAUGUGUGUGAUUGUGGUGAGAUUGUACAGUAGUUGCCCUCCUCAAGCUAGAAAGUCUCACAGCGGUGUGUGCGUGUGCGCUAGAUAUAUGGACCAUUCUACCGAAUUGGUGCAAACUCAAAGGUGGAAACAUUUGUCCCUAUAUAUAUUGUACCAUAACUUGGGUACAAAUAUCUAGUAAAAGAACAAUCAGUUUUAAUAUUCUAGUUUCAGAAUGUUUUGUAAUGUUUUUCUUUUCCUAAAAUAUGUCACUCCCGAAACAGAAAUACAGCAAAAUAAAAAUGAUUAUAUUUAUCUGUUAAGAAUUUGUUAUAAUAUUUUUAUAGGCAAAUAAUAAAAAUUAAUUUUUUACCAAU